CGAGCGGUUCCGCCGCGCUGCGUCACUGAGAUGCCACAACCAUUGUCGUGCACCCAGGUCUACGUGAGUCCCGGUGCACGAGCACUCAGGUCUGCAUUACUGAUCUGGACUCCUGAUCCUGAGGUUAGCAGCACAUGAUUCGCUAAAUCGCUGACAGCCUGUCCGGACCCGAGGAUCUGCAUCCGGGCAGGAAAGAGACGCAGCAUCUUCUGCGGAGGUGAGCGCGCCUGGGCGUGAGGGGAGGCAGGGAGGGGGAAGGGACCUGUCGGCGGCACUGUCCGUCCCGCAGGUCUCUGAAAAGCUCGCAGUCUGGAUGGGCCAGGUUUCGGUGAGCGUGUGUGUAUAAACCCGCGUGCUCAUCGCUGUGCGCGUGCAUGUGUGUGAGAUGUCCGGUCAGCCCCACCCGUGCGUGUGUGUGUGUCUCCCAGCAUGCCUGUCACUCGCCAGGACCAUGAGCGUCACGUCCUGGUUCCUGGUGAGCAGCUCUGGCUCUCACCAUCGUCUUCCAAAGGAGCUGAUCUUUGUGGGUCGCGAGGACUGCGAGCUGAUGCUUCAGUCUCGGAGCGUGGACAAGCAACAUGCGGUCAUAAACUAUGACGGGGACAGUGACCAACACCUGGUCAAGGACCUGGGCAGCCUGAACGGGACCUUCGUCAACAACCUGAAGAUUCCUGAUCAGACUUAUGUCGCCUUGAGAGCUUCCGAUAUGUUGCGCUUCGGAUAUGACUCUCACAACUACGUUUUGGAGAAGCGGGAACAUAAGGUUCCAGAGGAGGCUCUGAAGCAUGAAAAAUACAGCAGCCAGCUGAACUUGAAGAGGCAGGAGGAACCAGACGAGCAGGUCCGCUCGAAGAGCCAAGGCGUUUCUGAGGUUUCUCUCAGCCGAACCCCUCUCUAUGGGCAGCCCUCCUGGUGGGGGGAGGAGGAUCACGUGCAUCAGGGCCUCAGAAAGGAAGAGCUGUCAGUUGAACCCCAUACAGUUGCGUCCACGGUCCAGGACAUGGCCGGGUCCGACUCCUCGGUCUUCUCACUCUUCCAGUCCAACUGCUUUGAAAUCCCCACACAAGAUGUACCGUCUGUGGAGGGGGUGGAGCUGCAUGAAAUCCCCACCAAAGACACUGACACCCACACGUCACCCAACCAAACCCAGCCCGUCGUCCAGAGUCACGCCUCCUUCACCAUCGAGUUCGACUCCGGAGCUCCAGGGAAGAUGAAGAUCAAGGAUCACAUCACCAAGUUUUCCACACGACAGAGGAAGGCGCCAUCACCCGCCAUUUCCUCCGCAGAGGCCUUGUCAGCGGAGAACAAAGUGGCAGACUGGCUGGUCCACGCUGACCUGCGGCGAGUCAGACAGAAUCAGAGCAGUGAGGACGUCUUAAGCACCAAAAGUGACCUGGCAGUCCACAGCAGGAUGCUCCGAGGUCACCACCAUGAGGAUGGAACCCAGAGCGAUUCUGAGGAACACCAGCCGGAGCCUCACAGACUGGAGUGCAGGCAGCCUUCUGUAGACAGAGAGGCAGAGAGUGGGCCUUCAGAGAGCAGAGAGCUCCCUGAGGAACGUCCUGGAGGAGCCCCUUCAGAGCAACUUCCACACCAGGCUUUUAUCAUCGAGUUCUUUGAUGAUGACAACCCCAGGAAGAAACGUUCACAGUCUUUCACCCACAACCCGACCAACAAGCAAGAGCGCAGGAGGGGGAUGGAGAGGCCGGCGUCAGUGCAUGGUCACGCACCCCCGACACACCUGCUGACCGGCCCGAUGAGAGUGGUCGGCCUCGGAUCCCAGGCCAGGUCCAGCUCCUUAAAGAGAGAGAAGACCGAGGGGGAAGCCACGUCACAUGGGUCUUCUGGCCUCAGACACCUGAGCAGCGUGGGCAAGAAGUUGGCUCCAGACCUGCUGCACAAGAUGCCUCCUUGUUCAGCUGCAGAGAAGAUGACCGCUGCUUCCUUCCCCACAUCACCUUGCAGGAAGCCGCUCCAAGUCCCACCCCAUCCUACAGAGUCAAGGAUGGUGGUGGCAUCAUCUCCCGGGGCUCGAGCAGCAGGUCUGAAGACAGAAGAAGAGGACAGUCUCAGUGAUGCAGGGACAUACACCAUCGACACCGAAGGCCCCGACCAAGAGGUGGAACAGGCGCGCAACAUGAUCGACCAGGUCUUUGGAGUCCUGGACUCUCUGGAAUUUUCUGGAGUUGGCAGACCAGCUGACACUGUGGAGGUCCGAAGUACGGCCUCGCCUCAGACGCCAGGUCCAGUCCUGGUGAAAACAAAGAUGUCCAACAUGCCAGGAGAUGUUGCUGAAUCAGAGGCACCAAAGUGGGUGUCUAGGUGGGCUAGUCUCGUUGAUCCCGGCUCGGCUUCCUCCGUGCAGAGCCAUGAUGUGGGCAGAGCUCAGCACAGGACGAGACGGCUGCUUCCCCAGGUCCCUGCGGACCAGUCGGAUGCUGCCUCUCAUGACUGUGCGCAGGACCACUCCCGUGCAGAGGAUGUGGACCCAGACAGUCUGAGUGACGCGAGUCGUUCUGACGACGGUCAGAAGGCCAGGUCUUUCACCAGCGGCCCAAGUCUUCAGUCAACCUGCUUUUUCAUUGAUUCAGAAGAUUGUCCAACUCGACUGGAGCGGCCUCCAAGUCCAGCUCAGCCAUCGCUAGCCAGAAUUCCACCCACUACGGUGGUGAUCCGUCACCUCAGCAGGUCAGAUGCGCAGAGGACUGGCAUCAAGCCCAAUAGCUCAGCCCCCAACCUGCGCUUGCCCGACAGAGACUUGGCCUCCAUGGUCAGGCAGGAGAGCUUCACCAGAGACCAUCCCAGUGACGUCCAGAUGAAGACGCUUCCCCAUAUUAGCAGCCAGCCGUCGCUUACGCGCGAGCCAGAGGGGGACCUUCACCUGCUGAGGUCCUACGGCUGCGUCAACCCUGAGGGCUCCGGAGAGUCUGACGUGGACACUGCCAGCACCGUCAGUCAGGUGAGUGGGAAGAAUACGCCGGUGAGCACCGAGGGCCGCCACAGCAGCCAUCAGAGGGACAAGUCUUCCGUGGCCCAACAGAAGAAGAGGUCAUCGUCUGGCCCAGGCCAGAAGAGACAGCCACCGACAGCCCGGGAGCGUCUGUCUGAGAAGCGCAGACACCAAGGCCAGUCCAUCUGCAAGAGCGAGGAGGGCAAGUCUCUUCCAAGCCGCCGCAACACUUCAGACACUCUGAAGAAGCAGUUGGCUUCUGCUCACGUUUGGACCGAGCCAGCAGGUCAAAAACAUCCAGACGUGAAGGCCGGUAGAACGCCGCAGGUCCUCACGCGCUCCAACAGCCUGUCGGCACCAAGGCCAACGCGGGCCUCCAUGCUGAGGCGGGCCCGUCUCGGGGAGGCCUCGGACACCGACGGAGCAGACACAGACCGGGCCUCUCAGAACUCAGACCACAAGGGAUCAGCCGAUGGGAAGAAGUUAUCACGUCUGGACGUCUUGGCCCUCCCCAGGAGGAGGACCGGCUCCUUCAACGGACCCAGUGAUGGCGAGGCCGCCACAGCCAGUCGUCCAGGAUUCGCAAAGUCAGAAGCUGGUGGAGAGAGCAAGAAGGUUCCUGCUGGCAAGGGAGGCGCGACAUCGGUGAAGACGCAGCCCACCAGAGGUGCACACAGCGCGGCAGCUAAAGGCACAGCCUCACGCAGUUCGUCCUCCGAAGAUGAGCCUGCACUUGUCAAUCCCCCCAAACAUCCCAAGCACUCCAAGGCACGAAGCAGCCGACCGGCGUCUGUGGACACAGAGGAGGACGAAGACCCGUACCAGAACUGGUCCAAUCACAGCGCGGAGAUCGCAAAACUGAGCCAGGACCUGGCCAAAGACCUGGCCAUCCUGGCUCGUGAAAUCCAUGACGUGGCUGGAGACGGCGAAGUGCCCGGUUCAGGAACCAAGAGCAGCCCCACCUCACUGCCCGCCGUGCCCGCUCCUGUCCGAGAGGAACUGGUCCAGUGCAUCCCAGAGGUGGGCCUAAGCUACCAGAAGGUUCCACUCCUCACUGCUGCUCCUGCCAACAACCUGGAUUCAAACAUGAACCGGUCUGAGCCUGGUUCCAAAUCACACACUGCAUGGAACCGCCAAGAGGUGGUUCUGGACAACCUCAUGUUGAGUCCCGUGUCUCAGCUGUCGCACACCAUCCGCCAGAACACCGAGCAGCUUGCCCAGAAGAUGAAGGUCCUGUUAGGAAACAAAGCCGACCUGUGGGAGGAGUUUGAGAGCAGGAUCAACGCAGACACUGAGAUUCCUGUUCUCAAGACCUCAAAUCAGGAGAUCUCUGCCAUCCUGGUGGAGCUGAGGCGGGUCCAGAGACAGCUGGAAGCCAUCAACUCACUGGUGGAUGCGCCCCCUGCUGUCAAAGAGAAGAAGCGCUCCGCCACCUCGGCCCCCAGGUCUGCGCGAGGGUCGGACCGAGCGACCAAGUCCUGACUUGGUCAGGGAGCACUCACUGGACCAUGGAAAGAAGAGCAGACCAAGGAUGGAGAGACUGUCCCUAGUUUAUUUAUCAGCGUGUUUGUCAUUGGUUUGAUUGUUGUUGCUGACGACUGAAUGUCUGGUUCAGAUGGUGAAUGUCAGAAUAAAAA